UGGUUUGGUAGAGAAUCAACAUAUCACGCUUUGGUCCUUGACUUCCUUGGGCCAUCACUUCACGAUCUUUUCCUCGCACACAAUAAAAAAUUCAGCCUUCACGCUGUUGUGAAUUUGGGGGACCAGCUGCUCUCACGUCUUGAGUACAUCCACUCACACAAUUACGUUCAUGGUGAUAUCAAACCGCAGAAUGUCUUGGUGGGUCUUGGCCACUUGAGGCACACUGCAUUCAUUAUCGAUUUCGGUAUCGCGAAGGAAUACUGGAACACCGCAACCAGAGUCCACAUCCCAUUUCAUCAGAAUCAACGUCUCACUGGCACUCCUGUGUUCGCUUCUAUCAACAACCACUUAGGAGUUGACCCAGGUCGUCGUGACAAUCUCGAGUCGCUUACAUACAUGUUGAUUUAUUUGUUGCGCGGCUCCCUUCCAUGGUUGACUAGUGACGAGAAGCUCUCCAGCUCAUCUAUUCUCGAGUGCAAGGUCAACACCACUAUUGAAGACUUAUGUGAUGGAAUUCCUGUCGAGUUCGCAAGUAUUCUCAUCUACACACGCUCUCUUGCGUUCUCAGAGGACCCUGACUAUGGGCAUCUUCAUUCGUUGCUUCACGGUCUUCAAGCCACAUUGUCCCCACCAGCUAUGUGCUCGCUGGAUUUCAACCAACCUGAUCAUCACAAUGAUCACAUGAUACAUCCCCCUCCAAUCUCCGAUGAAUACUGGAUGGCUGAGGCAGUGCCCCCAUGUCCGCCAGAUGCAACACCGCUUCGCAGAUCGACUCGUGUGUGA